CCUCCUCCUCUCCUCCUCCUCUCCCCCCUCGAGACUGGCGGUUGGUGGAUGAACGAGAAAGUGAGUGAUCAAAAAUGAAUAAGUUACGACAGAGCUUCAGACGCAAGAAAGACAUCUACGUUCCAGAAUCGAGCCGGCCACAUCAGUGGCAAACGGAUGAAGAAGCAGUCCGCAUUGGAAAGUGUAGUUUCCAGGUUAAGUAUUUGGGCCAUGUGGAGGUUGAGGAAUCUCGGGGGAUGCACAUCUGUGAGGAAGCUGUGAAGAGGCUGAAGUCUGAAAGGAAGUUCUUCAAAGCCCUGUUUGGAAAAGGAAGACCACGGAUGCGCAAGUGUUUGUAUAGGACUUCAUUCAGAGACGUGAUGAGCGGAAAGAAAGCAGUUAAGGCUGUCCUGUGGGUAUCGGCAGAUGGGCUACGAGUGGUGGAUGAGAAAACAAAGGAUCUUAUUGUUGAUCAGACAAUAGAGAAGGUGUCUUUCUGUGCUCCUGACCGAAACUUUGACAAGGCCUUCUCGUAUAUUUGCCGAGACGGUACUACCAGGCGCUGGAUCUGUCAUUGUUUCUUGGCAAUAAGAGAUUCGGGUGAGAGGUUAAGCCAUGCGGUGGGGUGUGCAUUUGCAGCAUGUUUGGAGCGGAAGCAAAAGCGAGAGAAAGAGUGCGGUGUCACAGCUACGUUUGACGCCAACCGCACCACGUUCACCAGGGAAGGUUCCUUUAGAGUAACCACAGCCACUGAACAGGCCGAGCGAGAGGCACUCAUGAAACAAAUGCAAGAUACCAAAAGAGCUGAAGCAGAAAGAGCUGUUGCCGUGGCCACCUCAGCCGCAUCACCUACACUUCCCUCGGCUUCGCCGUCUACCCCAUCCGCGACGGGAGACAGCAAGGAUUCUGGCAAUGUGCACGCGAUACCACGAAGGCAUGCACCCGUGGAGCAACUCGCCAGGCAAGGAUCGUUCCGAGGGUUCCCUGUGCUUAGUCAGGCCACCUCACCGUUCAAGAGGCAAAUGUCACUUCGAAUACAUGAGUUACCUUCAACAAUGCAAAGGAAGACGGAAUUUCAGAUUAAAAACACAGUGCCUGAAAUUGAAGGCGAUUCCGCAGCUGAUGUGGACAGCAUAAGUUCACUGUGCUCUCAAAUAACCCAUGCGUUCAGUGGACAUGUAGAGGAUCCAUUCUCUUCUGCUCCAAUGACAAAACCCUCCAUGGCUGUGGCUCCUCAAAUGCCGGUUCCUCAAGCCAAUGGAGCAGCUUCAGCCUUCUCACUGCCUACUGCAAUACCAGCUGUGACUGCCAUGUCUCCAACAGUAAUGCCAAUGCGUGAUACAAACCCUUGGGCUCAGAUCCCUUCAGCUACUAAUACAGGAGCUGCAACUACUGCAAGCACUGACUGGGGGAUGACUGCCAUUGCCCAAGCACCCACAUUUCAGCCCAGUCACCAACGAACACCAUCAGAAGCUGAGCGCUGGCUUGAUGAAAUAUCGAAGAGCAUUAGGUCGACUCAACAACCAAUGCCGCACUCUUCCAUGCCACAGGCUUCACAACCCUUCCAGGCCAAUGCUUUUGUCAAUGCUCAAGCUGCCCCAGUUAAUAUGCAACCUACAUUUAUUCCCACUCAACCAUACAUAGGGAUGCCCAAUGGUAUGUCCUACCAAGCAGCAAGUGUGCCUGUGGUUGGGAUUACCCCUUCACAGAUGGUUGCUAACGUCUUUGGCACUGCAGCCCAUACUCAGGUCACUCAAAUACAGAGCCACGUACCUUUAAAGCAAAAUGCAUUCCAUCAGUUUGAAGGCGGCAAUGUUUGCACUGCUGGAAAUGCAACCCCUUAUUUUAAAGCUGCCCAGCAGAUCAAUGGUUCUGCAGGUUUUAAUGGAGCAGAAAACAGUAACUGGACAAUGGAACCCAAGAACACUCAAACAACAUCAGAUGAACAGGAAAUCGAUCCAUUUGAGGCUCAGUGGAAUGCAUUGGAAUCCAAAUCGAAGCAACGGGCCACACCUUCUCCUACUAAUCCAUUCUCUAGUGAUUUACAGAAGACCUUUGAGAUUGAGCUUUGAGUUAUAAUUUGGAGGAGGAAAAGUUGAGAGUUCAGUGUUGACAUGGGCAUGAAGAGCUACAUAACAGCCUCUGAAAACCAUUGAACCUGAAACCAAGAUGGACUAAAAUAUCUGGAUCUGAGGCACACACCAAUUGUAAUGCAAGGAAACCAGGUUAAUUUAAUGGUACAAGUGUUAGGAGAUCAGCUGCUUGUUUUUAAAGUCUUUAUACCUACAAUUAUGUUGGUAUUUCUGUGGUGGAAUUGCAGGGCUUGGCUGCAGUUCUUGUGAUGGAGCUUCCAUUUUGGGUAAAAAUGAUGCCAAAAUCUUUAUUUUUAUGCAUUAGUAUAUAUUUUAAAUAGUUAUGGAAAUUAAGCUGUAAGUAAUCUUGCCAAAGGUAAAACACCAGAUGGAUGUAUGAAAUGUAUAUAGAGAAUGAUUUAUUGCUGAUUCUAAUGUAAGUAAUUUGGGAAAAUGUGACCUUUCAGCUGGACAUUGCAAUGGACUUUAAUUUGCUGUAAGUAGUGUUUUUGCUUUAUCAAAUGACCAAUUAUAAAACCAUUGUCAAUAUUCAGUAGUUAUUUUAACAACAGUGGCUUCACAAACUGUGAACAAUCCUGUAGUCUUUCUAUUGAGCUGGAUUUUUUUUGUUCUUUGGUGAAAUGUCUCUUUUGUUGCUCUUAUGACCUUCAAUGAGUUUUAAUACUAUUGUCAGGUUUAAUUGCUGUUUCUGUAAAAAUGGGGUUGCACAAUGCAGUUUGAGCUGAAUCAUUCUUGUUUGGUACUUGGCUUCCCAGCCUUGCUCGGUUUUCCAACCUAUUUUCAUUUGAUGGUUAGUAGAUGCUGUAAAUGCUGCUGCAUGAUGGCUCAUUCACGUCUUACUUCAGGAAUUCAGCAGCAUUUAGGUUUUAUUUUAAUUUGUGUGGGCCUACAAUCACUUGUAAUAAAGAAAUUUAUACUGAAGAUUUCUAAUCUUUAAUAGAAAUAAACAUUGAUAGAGGCUGAACAAAUUUAGACAAUAGCUUGAUUUUUAAUCGUUUGUUGCAGAUCACAGCUUUUAUAAUAUUGAUUUCCAAUGCAGUAUAAUGUUGAUCCAUACCAGCCUAACAUUUCUUCAACUUAUCUCAAGUAGGUAUUUUUAAUGGAUCUAUACCAUCUACUUGUGUUGCUUACUUACUGUAUUUUUAAACUUAAAAACUUAUCCUGGCCAGUUUGUCAUAUUUCUGAUAAUAGCAGCUUGUCGUGAAUCAGAGGGUAGAAAUACAACUUAAAACAAGGAGAAAAAUAGCUACAAAUGUUCUCAAAAGAUGCAAAAUGAGCAGUGCCUUUGGAAAUAGUGCAGAAUAAAUGACAAGUUGUGGAAGAACAUUGCAAAUACUAUUUGAAUGGGACACGGUUGAACAGGAUCUAGUAUAAAAUUGCAAUGAUUACAUGAAAAUGAAAUCUUACAGGAUUGAAAUAAUUGUAUUUAAUUUUUAACAUUAAUUUCAGUCAAGAUUGAAGUUGUGAUUAAUCCUCUGUGAUGGAUCUUGGCUGGUAAGACGAUGUGAUUUGUUCCUCUUUUAGCACAAACAAUUGCAUUAAUUUUUAACUACUUAUAAAGCUAAUGGUUCCUCUGCAGACUCGGAAAGCAACUAUCAUAAAAUGAAGCAUCUUCAUUUAUGGAUAUUCGCUUCAGGCACUAUGCAAAGAUUGUUUAAUUCCUUUCCAUAUUUUCAGAAUUCUGUGAACCAGUUAAUGGUAAUGUGUAGAGACCUUAUGGGCCAGACAGGACAGUCAAAUCUAAAUGAAGUUUGACCCAAAAGUCAGAUGUUAGUGACCAAAUCUCGAGAAGGCAAUGGGUAUGUGAUAAAGGUUGGUCUUUUAAGCGCUCUGAGACACUACCCUGCAUGGAGGGCACUAUAUAAGUGCAAGUUGUUGUUGUAAGGCUUGCUUGGAUGGCAGAAAUGACCAGUGAAACCAGGGAACAAUUUCCUCAACUAUGCCCUAAAUGUUUAGCUGUUUUCCAAUGCAAAUAUUUGGAAGAGUAUUCCUAAGGGGAGGAGUUUGUGCAGAAACAAUUCCUGGUAUAGGGGCUAAAUGUGCAUUCACCUUUUCCAACAUUGAGUUCUCUUGCUCUGAUUGAAGAUACAACGACUUACAUUUAUAUAGAGCCCCCACAUAGGGUAGUAAGGAAAAUACCAGAUGUAUUUCUUUCCUCCUUAGAGAGAGGAAGGAAAAUCAACACUGGACAAGUCAAUCCAUUCUUGGGCUGCCUAGUUGUGCUUAAUUUUAUUCUGUUUAUACAGCAAAUAGCAUGCACACUCAAGUGUUCAUGUGACUGAAAUAAUGUAAUGUUUUAAUGUCUCCACUGCUGCUGGACCAACAGUUGCAUUUCACUGCUUAAAACUUGUCAGUUUUUACCUGUUGUUGGAAAAAGCUAUGUUGGCUGCAAAAUGUACUUAAUGGGCAUAUUUUAUUAAUGUCAAGCUUAAAUUUUAAAUGAAUGCCUACAUUAAACACCAAUGAGCAAGACAGUAAUUCAUUAGAAUUAAUCUAAUCUGCUCUCUCUCUCCAAGUCACCAGGCAGACAAAUGUUUGACCAAAUACUAUUCUGUAUAUGUUUCAGCAGCAAAGAUGACAAUUAUUGAACUGUAGACGAAAGUAUGAUCUUACUUACCAACUUAGUGUAGAGAUAGAAUUUAGCAGGGAUGAUCUUAACUUUGUGUGAAGCUCUCCAUGAGGGAGAAGAGAAUUGGAAAUUGACAGAAUGUAUUCUGUAGGUGUCAGCUCCCCUCCAGUACCUCACUAGUGAGCAUUCAACUGAGGUGUCCAAACAUCCUGAUGCAGAAUUUGUGAGACAGUCAGGUAGGCUUGUCACUAUGUGAAACAAAAAUCACUUUGGCUCUCCACCCCAACUCCCCAUUGAAAUUGGGCAGUAGUGUUGAACUGAGUAACUGCUAAUUAUAAAUGCCACCAGCACUUUCCUAUGGUAUUGCUACAGCUUUAUCUGAUGAUGUAUUCUUAUAGCCUGCAGUUAUGUGAAAAGACAGCUGAUUCAAAACAAGAUGUUUUAAUUCAUUGAUUAAUCAGUACGUAAUAUACAUCUU